GUUUCUCUCUCUCACUGGCAGUGACAGGUGGGACUACUCAAACUUAACGAAGUAACAAACUCUCCGUCAAACGAUUUCUUUUUCCAUACUGACAUUUUCACAUACACUUAACGGGCGUCAGAUAAUUAAACACGGCGCCGUUUCUCCACCAUCGCCGCCAAUAAUGGCCUCCUCCCUCCUCCCGCCAAAAAUUCCCUCCAUCUCUUUCUCCUCCUCCGCCGCCGCACCCCGGCGAAUUCCUCGCCGCCAACUCGUCCGGGCAAAGAUCCGCGAGAUCUUCAUGCCGGCACUCAGCUCAACUAUGACAGAGGGGAAGAUCGUAAGCUGGAUUAAAUCUGAAGGCGACCACGUGUCCAAAGGCGAAUCGGUCGUCGUCGUCGAAUCCGACAAAGCCGAUAUGGAUGUGGAGACUUUCCACGGCGGAAUUCUAGCCGCCAUCCUCGUCAGCGAAGGCGAAACCGCCCCAAUCGGCGCGCCGAUUGGGCUAUUAGCCGAAACAGAGGACGAAAUUGCCGAAGCUAGGGCUAAAGCCGCCGCCCAAUCAUCACCAAUAGCCGAGCCGGAGAAGGUGGUGGCUAAUUUGGCUGCUCCAACGGCAUCUCCUCCAAAAGCCGAAGCUAUUUCUCCGGCGAAUCCAGGAUCGAAUAUAGUACCGUUUACCAAAAUGCAAGCUGCCGUGUCGAAAAAUAUGGUAGAAAGUCUAACUGUUCCGGUUUUCAGAGUAGGUUACUCGAUCGCCACCGAUGCACUCGAUGACCUCUACGAGAAGGUGAAGUUGAAGGGUGUAACGAUGACAGUAUUGCUAGCGAAAGCCGCAGCGAUGGCAUUGGUUCAGCAUCCGGUGGUGAACGCUGCUUGUAGAGACGGAAAAAGUUUCGUGUACAAUACGAAAAUAAAUAUUUCGGUGGCUGUCGCUAUAGAAGGUGGAUUAAUCACCCCUGUUCUUCAAGAUGCCGACAAGUUGGAUCUAUAUCUGUUAUCUAAAAAAUGGAAGGAGCUGUUAAAGAAAACCCGGACUAAGCAACUGCAGCCCCACGAGUACAAUUCGGGGACGUUCGCGUUAUCUAAUUUGGGCAUGUUUGGAGUGGAAACAUUCGAUGCUAUACUUCCUCCGGGCCAGGGUGCUAUUAUGGCUGUUGGAGCCUCAAAACCUGCGGUUAUAGCCGACAAAAACGGAUUUUUCAGUGUCAAGAACACGAUGCUGGUAAAUGUGACAGCUGAUCACCGAAUAAUUUAUGGUGCUGACCUGGCCGCGUUCCUUCAGACAUUCUCGAAGAUUAUCGAGAAUCCAGAGAGCUUGACCAUGUAAAUGAAGAUUUAAGGUUUGUAAGAAGUAUGAACAUAUGUAUAAAAUACAUUCCUGGCUUACUACACAAUUACAGAUACAUCAUAAGUAU